AUGGGUCGCAAAAAGCGAAAAGCCGUCGUUGAACCGGAACCAGCGGAGGCGGUUUCCAAUCCGUCCAUUGAGAUUAAUAAUAAUAACAAUAAUAUGCCCAUUCCAAAGGCAGCCAUUCCCCGGAAACAAAGUCAGCCAGCAGUGAUAGCUCCUGAUCCCGUAAAGGAAGAACCCAGAGAAGAAAAGGCCUCGGGAUACGCUAUGAAAGCUCAUGGUGCAGAAAUUAUUGACGAAGAGAUUUAUGUGUCGGAUGGAUCCGAAGAUGAAGAAGAGCAACCAGAAAUGCUAUUGGUGGGAGCCAGGAUGGGCGUCAUGCGCAAAGGAAUUCAUCGUCAAAUGUUGGUUCAACCCAAUCGACAAUGGACUCGCAAAAAUGAACAAGUCGAGGAUGCAAAAGAAGAUGAUGACGAGGCGGAGAAAAAGCGACUCAAGGAGCAGGAAGAAGAGUUGGCCAAUUUGGAUCCCGCCCAACGAGCCGCUAGACUUUUGGUGGAAAAACAACGCAAAUUGGAAGAAGCCAAAGAAAAUGCCCGCCGCUUGGAAAGUGAAGAAAAUGCGGGUCGGGACCCCUGUCUCUUUUCCAAGCGUACCGCCUUUGACAUUCGCUUUGAUCAAAUUGAUGACAAACCCUGGACACGAGGUGACGACACUGACUUUUUCAAUUACGGUCUCACAGAAGAAGAUUGGUUGGAAUAUUCUCAACAGCAGUUAAUGAUUCGUCAAGAACUUACUGAUGCCAGUCGCCAACGACGGGCACCUGAUCCAACUCUGGUUCCAGUGACACCCAAAGCGCCCUCCAAACAACAACCCAAGGUGGCUGUUGCAACCUCGGAUUCCAGCCAGGCGGAUGACGACGAAGGGGUGGGUGGUAGUGAUGGUGGUGGUACGGGUGGCGUAGUAGGCCCCGUCUUGGUGAAAAAGGAACUCCUCGAAGCAAAGCAAGCGGAGGCUACGAGUAGUAGCGGACCCAAGCAACCGGAGAAAAAGGAUAUUGAAGUUGGUGUCGGUGGUGCCUGGGGCGCCGGAGCGGCGCCUGGAUCUGUCCUUGCUAAAUUGAUUGAAGAACAAGAAAAGAAAUUGGCCGGACCUGCGGACGAUGAUUCGCACAUGGGUAGUUCUUACGAUGGCCGUAGUAUCUCCAGCAAAUCGAGAUAUAGUAGUCGGAAUCAGUCGCCGUUUUCAAAACCUCCAGAGACUGUUAGUAGGUGGCAGCAACAACAUCCCGGUAGCAACAGCGACAGCAACAGCUAUUACGGUGGUGGCAGCAUUGGUGGCACUCCCCAGUACCAGCAAGCACCACCGCCACAUCAUCAUCAAUUACCACCACCCCCACCACCUCCUCCCCAACAACAGCAACGGUUUGAUCCACGAGGUCGUGGAGGAGGAAGAGGAUACUAUGACGGUGGUGGUGGUGGCAGAGGACGAGGCCGUGGAUACAUGGGUGGUGGUAGAGGAAGAGGUGGACGAGGGGGUGGACGAGGUUAUUACAACGAUGGUGGUGGUGGCCGAGGCGGUCCAUAUGGUGGUGGUGGCGGUGAUUCGUAUCAUCGCAAACGUCCUCGAGACAACUAUGACGACAGUGGAGGUAGAGGAUGGAGACGGUGA